CCUUGGUUCGCCCCUCAUCAGAGGCUUUUGAAGUUGCGUAAAACCAGCGUGUUUCACGCAACUUAACUUGGGAAUGGAACUGAAAAAACCCUCUGAAAGCUCUUAUCGCCUUCGGAGAAUCUCUCGGGACUUCAGAGACAAUCAAAGACGCGCAGUUGUUGACGAGAUUCGCGAGCAAAACAAUGUCUAGAGUUGCUGUGAUUCUGUUUGUUCUCUGUGCUCUGCUGCCUCUGUUCAGCGGCCUUCCGCUGGAGAAUCCCACGGACAGCUCAGAACCUCUGGGGAAAUCCCACCUCAAUCCGGAACACAGACGUCCGCAGGCGCUGCAUCUGAACGGAAUCUCAGACCACGAGAAGAAUCAACACGUUGAGUAUCACAAGAAUCGCUUCCGGGACGAGCGGAAGCGAUUGCGCGAGAAGAGGCAGUUUGACUUCAUGCUCUCGGCCGACCAUGAGGAGAACGUGGGCACGGAUUUGUCAGCGGAAGUGGCCACGAAUCUGUGGAAGAAUGACGACGCCUCGACGCGCCUGGACGGCUCGGCGUCGUACAAUCGACACUUUGGCGUCCACGGAAAUCCCACGGUUCCUCUUCUCGCUUCUCCGCAGAUCAGGAUUUCUCGCUCAAACUCAAACUGUGGUUCUUGUAGUUGAAUAAAGAUGCCUUCGGAAUAA